UGAAUUGAAUUUAUCCCUUACUAGGUUAAUAAAUGGCUAAAAGGGCUUCCCCGAAAUUUUUCAACACUUGCAAGAAUGACUCUUUCUUCUUUGGGCUCAUUCCCACGGCUAUACCAAAGGCUGGGCCAGUGCUUUGACCACUGUUGCCAGAAUUGCAACAUAAAAUUGAUCCACCUUCUGCAAACAUGCCUUGCUGGGUUAAAGAGUUCAUGUUCCCCAUUCCAGUAAUUCUUCCUCUUCUCAUGACACAGAGCCAUGAACCGCUGGUGAAACCAAAAGUGACUUUUGAAAGGUCAGUCAUUAGAAAAAUUAGAAGGUGAGCAACAAGCACUGCUAUGAAGAACUUGCUGGUCUAUCUUCUACCAUUUCUUCAGUGGACACGCUGUACUUCCCAGAAUGUGUGCGAAGAACCACCUGACAUUGAUUUUGGGGAAAUAAGAAGUGGUGAGAAGGCAGCUUACGUUGAAAGUGACAGAGUGCAAUACAACUGCAACCCUGGAUUUGCAUUGCAAGGCUCCGAGUGGAUAACAUGCAGUGGACAAAAGUGGACACCACCACCAAAAUGCUUGGCACCUUGUAUUGUCACAAAACAACAACUAGAGGCCAAAGACCUGCUUCUGUCUGGGAACCGAGUACGGACACAACUGAUUCAACAUAAUCAUGUGUUGCAGUUCCACUGCAGGGAAGGGCAUGUCCUCACGAUGCCUAUGGACAGGAAGUGUCUUGAUGGGCACAUGGAUUUGCCCUCGUGUAUCUCUGAAAGAGGGAAAAACUGUAGCCGCCCACCUGCUAUUGAGAAUGGAGACAUUAUUACCUUAUCAAAGAAGCAGUACAAGGCUGGCUCUUCAGUUCAGUUCAAAUGCCAAAAAUAUUAUGCUCUGGAAGGAGAUAACAGAACUUUUUGUGAUAAUGGGACUUGGACAAAAGCACCUGUUUGCUUAGAACCCUGUGCAAUCUCUUUGGCUGAAAUGGAAAAUCGGAAGAUAGAAAUUAAAAGGAGGUUGGAUGAAGUCAUAUCUGAAAACAUCUAUGUACCACGUGGUGGUUCUGUUGAGUUCACCUGUAAAAUGGGCUACAUGGUUACAAGAAAUCCUUCACAAUCUGUUUCUGUAAUCCAGUGCAUUGGAGAUUCAAUUGUGUAUCCUGAAUGCAAAGAAAUUGUCUGCUCCCCACCACAAGUAGAAAAUGGCAACUUUCAGCCUAAUCAGAUUCAGUAUGAAUAUCAAGACACAAUCGAAACACAGUGUGAGGCUGGGUAUCAGCUUCAGAGCCACCAAUCCACUUCCACGUGUACAGAGACGGGGUGGUCUCCUCCUCCGAUAUGUAUUCCAAAGGACUGUGGCUAUAUUCGGAUUGAGAAUGGAAAACUAUCUGAUGCCUACGAACGCUGGCCAGACUACUAUUUUCCAAGAAGGGUGGGACAAACACUUGACUAUCGUUGCAGUUCUGGUUUUCUACCAAGAAAUAAAGACACAUGGGGUAGAAGUUCAUGCACCAAAUUGGGCUGGAGUCCAGAACCAAAAUGCUUCAAAAAAUGUGAUAUUCCUAGACAGUUUGCACAUGGUACAUUCAAUGCCCAUACUUGGCAGAAGUUCAUAGAAGGUGAUGAAAUUUCAUUUUCUUGUGAUAAUGGGUAUGAUCCUGCUAAUCAACAAGCUAAAGCCGUGUGCACCAAAAAUGGCUGGUCACCUGCUCCACGUUGUGACAUAAAAAAAACAGAAUUAAUGGAAUGAAGUGGAUGGCCGACAUUUUUAUCCAGCGUUAUGAUCUUCAAAAGUCAUCCAUCACUUAUCCUUAAUGCUUAAUGUUAUCAAAUCAUACUGGCUCCCCCCAAAUAUAUAUAUAUAUUUCCCAGAAAAGAUCAUAGAUCUAAAAUUGGGAACUUACUUCACUGAAGCAACAUCUGCAAUUUUAUCACUGGUAGGGAUAUCAAAUGGUCUGAUCCACUUUGAUAAAAUACAGUUUAAAAUAUGACAAGUUUAAAAUAAACAAAGGGCAAAUAUACCCAAAGAAGCAUUAGUGCAAAAUAUUUGCACACACAUUUCUUGCUGUAGACAUUUGAACUACUUGUGAGGAGUGCAGCCUAAAUAAUGGACUGGUGCAUAAUUGCAACAAAGCUCUUUUUUAAACUACAGCGAUUUUCUGUUCCUUAAAAAAAAAAAAAAACCCAUGCACCAGAAAAAAAUGUUUUAAUCAUUAUAUAAUUAAAAAUAACUUGCAAAAAAGUUUAAUGUUUUGAUUAUAUUAAUAAAGAUGUUGAUACGA